UCAAUAACCAAAAAAGUCGAGGAAUUGUGAAACUUGUUUGGGCUCAAAAGAGAUGGACGGCGAAGAAGGCAGCGGAAUACGGCUGAGCAAGAGAUUUGCCGGCGGGAAAGUCACCGGCGGUAGCUUAGAGGUCGAUUACAAGACGAAAUCCGGUACUGCUUGGAGCCACUCGUUCCUGAACCAGAAGCCAUGGCAUCCGCUUUCUUAUCCCAACCAGCGCCGCAAGUGGAUCGCCGAGCAGACUAAUGCCCAACACGAUCGCAGAGCCGAAGAGGUGGCCCGUGAGUUUGCGCAAGAGCAGGAGUUCUUCAAGCAGGCGGCUCUUAUCUCGAAGAAAGAAAGAGAGAAGAUCGAAAUGAUGAAAGCCGUGAGCUUCAUGUAUAUUCGCCCACCUGGCUAUGACCCUGAAAGUGCCAAAGCAGCAGAAUACGCAGAUGAGAAACACGAGGGUCAGGGAUCUUCGACUCAGAAUCCAGUGGCAGAUGACAAUGUUGGUUCUAAACCAGCAGAGUCAGUAGCCGGGGGUGACCAUUCAGGUCAAGAAAGGAAGAAACCACGACCAAAAGAUGUGUUUGGGCGUGCUCUUCCUACUGAAGAACAAUUUGAAGUCCUUAAAAAUGCACCAAAGCUGGAGACUGGUAUUGCUGGGAGGGCAAAGCCAUUUGCAGUUGAAUUGCGUAAUGUGAAAUGUCUGAGAUGUGGAAACUUUGGGCACCAAAGUGGUGAUCGUGAUUGUCCAUUAAAGGAUGCAGUAAUGCCAAACGAAGAACAACGAUUGAAAAGAGAUGAUCCAUUGACUGCUAUCAUUGCACAUACAGAUCCCGGCGAGCCUCUGAAGUGGGAGUUGAAACAAAAGCCGGGCUUGAGUCCACCUCGUGGUGGUUUUGAUCCUGAUGAUCCAAAUCAACAAAUCGUCGCUGAAGAUAUAUUUGACGAAUAUGGAGGGUUCCUUGAGGGCAGCAUCCCAAUAGAAUUACUGAAGAGUAUGUCGUCGAAUAAGAAAAGAAAGUCUAAGAAGAAGAAGAAGCAUUCAUCUCGGACUGUUGAGGAAACUGAUGAAUCUUCGACAGGCUCAGAAGAUAGUAGAGAGAAGAGAAGAUCGAAGAAGCGCAAGGAUAUUAAGAAGAAGAGCAAGAAGCAUUAUGAUUCCGACUCAAUCUCCUCUGAAGAUUCAGACUCUGACAGUUACCGCCCAAGUAGAAGAAGACACAACAAGCAUAUAGAUCCAUCUGGGACAUUAACAUCUGAUCUUUAUCACCAAGGUAACAGUGAGAGAGAAAAGCAUCCGGAGGACAAGAAGCAUCAGAAUUGGAAGAAAAUAGCGGAUAUACCUUCUGCUUCAUCUGAGGAUUCUGAUUAUUAUAGAAAUCACAGUAACAGAAAGAAAAGUUCAGAAGAGGAUUACAAAAUCCAUCACAGGGAGAGAAAUAAAAGCGAUCAUGUUUCAGAAAAAAGUCGGAAACAUAACAAUUUGGAGUCUGAGAAGCUUCAUAAAGUUGAGGAGAAGCAGCGAUAUGAGGAGAGAAGACACAGAUAUGUCGAUGUAGAGUCUGAGAAGCGUUAUAGAUACGAGAAGAAACCGAAAUAUGAUGAUCUUGAUUCCGAGAGGCAUCACAGGAGUGUGAAGGGUAAAGAAAAGCGUGUGUAUGAUGCAUAUGAUGAUCGAUACAAAAGCAAGAAAAAAGCCAAAGAAGACUCUCGAUUAAGACGUUUAUGCACAGCAAAUAAAACGGUGCGUUUUCAAUGUAAGCAAAACAUUUGCUUUCCCGCCUGCGCGAGUGAGAGAGAAUCCAUGUCCUUGAUUCACCGCCGGUUAAAUCGUUUUCCUGGAUUAUCGUCUGUAAACGCUUUUAACGUUCAGGUGCGAGAAGCGAUUACUCGAAAUGAUCCGGCAGAAUCACUUCUUCUGUUUCGAGAAAUGAAGCGUGGAGGAUAUGAACCGAACAGCUUCACCUUUCCAUUUGUGGCGAAGGCGUGUGCCAGGCUCGCUGAUAUUGGGUAUUGCGAGAUGGUUCAUGCCCAUGUUCUAAAAUCACCGUUUUGGUCUGAUGUGUUCGUCGGGACUGCAACGGUUGAUAUGUUUGUAAAAUGUGAUUGUCUGGAUUAUGCCGCUAAGGUGUUUGAGAGAAUGCCUGAGAGAGACGCCACCACUUGGAAUGCAAUGCUCUCUGGUUUUAGUCAGUCGGGUCACACCGAUAAGGCGUUUUCUCUAUUCCGUGAGAUGAGACUUGGCGAGAUCUCACCUGAUUCCGUGACUGUAAUGGCCUUGAUUCAAGCUGCUUCGUUUGAAAAAAGCUUGAAGCUUUUGAAGGCUGUGCAUGCCUUUGGAAUACGUUUAGGUGUAGAUGUACAAGUUACAGUUGCCAAUACUUGGAUUUCUACUUAUGCGAAAUGUAGUGAUUUGGAUUCAGCUAAGUCAGUAUUUGAAGCUAUUGAAAGAAGUGACAGAACUGUUGUCUCUUGGAACUCCAUGUUCAAAGCUUAUGCUGUCUUUGGAGAAGCAUUUGUUGCUUUUGGUUUCUACCGAUGGAUGCUGCGUGAAGGAUUCAAGCCAGAUUUAAGCACUUUUAUUAAUCUGGCUGCGUCGUGUCAGAACCCUGACACGCUAACGCCAGGAAGGUUAAUUCAUUCGCAGGCAAUCUGCCUCGGUACAGAUCAAGAUAUAGAAGUGAUCAAUACCUUCAUUUCUAUGUAUUCGAAAUCCGGGGACACCUAUUCAGCAAGGCUUUUGUUCGACGGCAUGCCUUCCAGAACACGUGUUUCUUGGACUGUUAUGAUAAGUGGGUUUGCCGAGAAAGGCGACAUGGAUGAAGCGUUGGCCUUGUUUAAUGCCAUGACCGAAGCAGGAGUGAAACCAGAUCUGGUUACCUUACUCUCCCUCAUUUCAGGUUGUGGAAAAUUUGGUUUACUGGAGAUUGGAAAAUGGAUUGACGCUCAAGCAGAUACUUAUGGGUGCAAGAGAGAUAAUGUCAUUGUCUGCAACGCUCUCAUUGACAUGUACUCAAAAUGUGGAAGUAUAACCGAAGCUCGAGACAUCUUCGAUAACAUGUCUGAGAAAACUGUCGUCACAUGGACUACGAUGAUUGCUGGAUAUGCUUUGAACGGAGUCUUCCUCGAAGCUUUAGAACUUUUCAACAAGAUGGUAGAUUUGGAAUUUAAACCAAACCACAUAACCUUCCUCGCCGUUCUCCAAGCUUGUGCUCAUUCAGGUUCUCUUGAGAAAGGGUGGGAGUAUUUCCUCACCAUGGAAGAAGUUUACAGCAUCAGCCCUGGAUUAGACCAUUACUCUUGUAUGGUAGAUCUUCUCGGAAGAAAGGGAAAGCUCGAAGAAGCAUUAGAACUCAUCGGUAACAUGUCAGCUAAACCCGAUGCAGGCAUAUGGGGUGCAUUGCUUAGUGCCUGUAAGAUCCACCGUAACGUAGAGGUGGCUGAGCAAGCUGCUAACUUUCUUUUUACCUUGGAACCAGAAAUGGCUGCGGCUUAUGUAGAAAUGGCAAACAUAUAUGCAGCAGCUGGCAUGUGGGAUGGUGUUGCGAGGAUUAGAUCGAUGAUGAAACUCAGGAACAUUAAGAAGUAUCCAGGGGAAAGCAUGAUUCAGGUGAACGGGAAGAAUCACACUUUCACCGUGGGAGAACGUGACCAUACAGAACAUGAAACGAUAUACCUUGUUUUGGAUGAUUUGAGCAUGUUUGCGAGAGAUGAACAUACGUUGCAUAAAGAUGGGUAUGCUGAACAAAGUUAUCAACUUUGCUGGGUUUAGAUUCUUAAUCAGAAGGUCUUUGGUUCCAAACAGUUGAUCCUCAGUUUUGGAGGACCAGAUUCUAACCGGAAGUGAUGGGGAAUCUGAUAUCAA